AAAAUACAGAGCCCCUAAAUUAGUCUUUUAUAAUAAAGUAGAAGGUAAAUAAUGCAAAUAUGUAAAGUAAACACCCUCUAGAGAGAAAAAGAGAGAGAGAGAGAGGGGAAGCGUUUGCGUACAAUUUUGAAAGUUUGAAACCUUUCCUCUAUGUCGAAGAAGGAGAAGGAAAUCAUCGAUCUGUGUAGCUCGGAGGAAGACGAUGAGCUUGACGACGAAACGGAAGACGAACCGAAGAGUUUAGGUGAGGAUGAUAGCGAUUGGAGCCACGAUGAUACUAGGGACGCAGACCUGGAUUUUGUCGACGACGAUGAUGAUGAUGAUGAUGAGAGAGUUACUCGUCUGCUCACAGGUGGAAGGGAUAUGAAAAAGGAUGAUGUAAAUGUAGAAGAAUGCAAAGCUUACCUGAGAAAGCAUGGUCUCAGAUUAUCUGGCACUAAAUCCGUCUUUAUUCAGCGAAUUCUUGAGCAUUGCAGGAUCAAACAUGGGAACGCCCAAUCACUUUAUCCAACAUCAUCCUUCGCUAUUAACUGUAAAGGUGAUGUCUGCAAAGGAGACACUGUUUUGUUCACCCAGAAGCUUCAUCACAAGUAUGAAAAGAUGAAAAGGAGUGGGAAGGUUAUGGGGACAAGAACUGUCGCUGGCCAGGUUGUUAAAGAAAGCUACGGUUCUUCUAAACAGCAACACACUUUCACUAUCGAGGUGCUUUGGUGCGAGGGGAUACAGAAACUGCCUCCCUUGUACCCUUUACUUGUUAAAGGACGUAACCUUUAUAGGUUAAUGACCAUGAGGCAGCGAUGGGCUAAUGAAGAAGACAGAGUCAAAGCUCUUUCUGAAAAGCACGGCCGUGGUGCCGCAGCUAGAAAGGUUAUGAGAGAAAGGAAAAUAAAGUCAGGCUAUGUGCUUAAAGAUGGACGACUUCAAAAGCCUAAGAAGACAAGAAAAAACGAGAAAUAUGAGAAUCAAACCCACAGGCAUAGACAAGACAUCCCGGCUAGUCAUUCUUCUCAGGGCCAUAACAAUCCAACUCAGUUGAAUUAUAUGAAUCCCACUUUUCAUUCUUAUACACAUGCUCCUCCUUCCAAUGUUCACCAUUCACAUCCUCCCCCUUCACAAUCAUAUGCUUCUUCAAACACAGCCAAACCAAUGGAUCCAAAGACCACCACUAGAUUUCUACAAUGGAAGACCUACGUCUAAUGCUUUCCAGGGACAUGCCAAUACACUCGCUAUGCCGGUUACGCCCCAUCAGAGAAGAGCAUACGAGAACCUGCAUGCAAGCUAUAACUACGGGGUGAGGGAGUCGGAUUACUUCUCAGAUACGAUGGUAAACCACACAAGUGAAGGAGACAUAUACAGACAAGGUGAGGAUACUCGCAGACCAUACAAGAACCAUCAAACCUACCAUUCUAACUCUAAUAGUGGCUUCAACCAUGGAUCAAGUCACAGAAGAGAAGGAGAUGCACACAGGGACACUUACAGACCACAUCAUCGGUAAUACAACACUCAUUGUUUAAACUUGAAUGAAUAUGCACUUUUUGUUUAGUUCCCUGGCUUAUAGUAAACUGUCCGUUCUCUGUAAUCAUUAAAACGUCAGAAAUUUUUAUGGGAUCAUUAUUCUCUAUUGAUCACCCGUUUCUCAAUCA